GUUGGGAACGAAACACGUGAAGUUGUCUGUCUUUAUGCUGGUUGUUGCUGUUGAAGAAUGCCUGCUGCCUCUACAAAAACCGACACUAAAGCCUCUACGGAGGUGACAAGUGCAAUCCAACAAGCUAUUGCUGUUGUGGACAAAAAAGUCCGCAAUCUCGAGAAACGAAAGUCAAAGUUGGAUAUCAUCCGAAAGAAAGCUGAAGAUGGAUUUGAGCUGGAGCACGAUCAGCAGGUAGCAAUAAAAAAAUAUGAACUGGUUAUCCAGUCGUUGGAAUUUGCUAGAGAGCUGAAGAUGCAGUUUGUGACCAUUAAUAAUGAGACUGAAAAGUUACUUCGGAAGCAAGCGAAGCGAGAGAAAAUCGAGAAGCAAGCUUUGGAGACUAAGAGAAUUCGUGAGCUGUUAAAGCUACAAACUUUGCUUGAUAACAUGGGCUCUGAUAAAGUGCGGAAUGAUUUUAAGACGGGAAAGCAUGGAGCUGUGGUUCUAACAGAAGAAAAUCUGAAUCAGCUGGAUGAGUUGUACCAGCUGAUCAGUCCGUCUCGGGAUGACGACAACUACGCCGAACAGUUGGCAUCGGCGGCCGAGCACAUCGUCAGCCUGCUCGACUCGAAGGAGAAGGAGGUGGUGGGGACCACGUACAAGGAGCUGAAGGACCUCAUCAACCUCAUUGGUGACUGCGGAUAUUUCGAGAAUGCACGCAAAGCCGAAGAACAGGUGGAAGCCCCAGUAGCCAAGGAGACAGAAGACAUAGUUGAGAAAAUGGGUAGCGUUGACGUGGCUGUUGCGAGCGAAGUGGCUCCGGAACCGGAGGAGCUAUCGUUCGACCAAGUGAUUGUCCAGCCGGAGAGUGGGACAAUGGACAAGGUGCCCAGCAGUCAGAUCAGUGAAAUCCAGCAAUCAGCAUUCUACACAGACAGCUACACUGAGCAGCGGCAGAAACCCGUCGACGAAAUCAUCACACCGAUGCAAGGAACUUUCAACUUUCUCCAAGAAUCAACUAUUGACAUUGAAUCAUCUCCACACUUAGACCCGGCUGUGGUUGCUGCACAGCCUAUGUCUCGCCAGCCCAGACAGACCGACCCGUUAACACAGCCCACGUUCGGCAGACCUGGCUUUGGUGACCAGCUCAGCAAGACGGCCGAUUCCGUGUCCAACGAUCAGCCUAAGCCAUACUCUCAAGCAGCAGAUCCCAACAUUGGGCUCGACUUUACUAGUUCAUCAUUCGGCCAGAGUGGCCUGUCACAGAACUUGCCUGGCGAUUCCAUGUUCCCUUCAGUGGGCGAUUCCACGCCGCAGAUUUCACACACCAUGAUAGGCCAAUCGGUAACAGAGAAUUCCGUUUCGCAGUUUGACUUGCCUCCAUCAAUACCCAUGCCUCCCACGCAGGACGACUCUGAGGAUGCGAGCCAGGCAGAGAAGAAGUUCACAAUGAACGCCAGUGCGCCGGUAUUCCAGUCGAUGUACUCCCAGUCGGGAUCGCAGGGCGCCCUGUCUGAGACAGGAUCACAGCAGGGACCCGCCAGCCAGGACGCGGACUCACCAACAUAUCAGAACAACCGUUAUGCCGGUGAUGGAGCGCAGAGAGGUGGUCGAGGAGGUAAUGGAUUCCGGGGCAAUCGGGGAGGAUCUAGAGGAGGGUCUUCCAGCAAUGGGAUGCAGAAUGGCUUCACUCGAGGACAGGGAAGUCGUGGUAGAGGAGGAUCAAAUUACCAAGGCUUUCCACCGCGGAAUGACUACCGUCCAGACGGUUACCAAGGAUACAACAAUAACACAAACAGCGGAGGAUCUGGAUUUCAAAAACGUGGUGGUGGUACUAAUAGCUCAAGAGGAGGUGCAGCAGCCAUGAGGAACAUGCGUGGGCGAGGUGGUGGAUUCAGCCGCCCAGCACCAGCACCGUAUCAUUAACAACGGUGUAACAGAACACACUUCGUGCAGCUGUGUACACUGACUUGAGAAAUAUUCUUGGACCUCCAUCGUGAAAAUCUCCCUGGAUUCAACAUUCUUUUGUAUAUUUAUAUGUUUUGGGGGGUGGGACUUUCUUACAUUUCCUUGUGAAGUUGUAAGAAAAAUAUGCACUCAUUUUCUUUUUAAGGGAGGUUUUGGUCCAAAAAUAAUUCAUUGUGUUUGCGGUUGCAUGGACAUGUGUAGGUGUGGUGUGGCAAAUUUCAACGGACAACAACAAAACAACGGACAAUACGAUUUCAACAGGUGUAACAUUGACCCAAACAAAUGGGGUAAAAUUUCAAAACUGACGAUAACAAGAAGAAAAAAACACAAGGGCAUGUUCCAACAUCUGUGCACUUGUUCUAUGUUCCACAACAUUUUUGUUCAAAGGUGUUGCAUUCUGUCAUGUUCACUCUCAAACUGCAUAUUUUUUAUGUUUAUGUCAUUCAGUAUUGUUUCAUUAUAGUGCUUUUGAACAUGAUUGUAUGUGUUUCUUUUGAACAAAUAUAAAUUUCAUAUUGAAAAAAAAAAAAAAAAAAAUGCAAAAGAAUAAAUGAGCUUUAUGUUACAAUAGAAAUAUGAUGCCUUCCAAUAACCUAUGGUACAUCCAAAAUUUAAUGUAUAAUGUAUGUAUAACCGAUAGCUGCACUUUAUAGUUCAACUAGUUGCACUAAUUUUCAAAUGAUAUUUGGUUGGGUGUUUUUGGUCACUAAACUAAUAUAAAAUGUAUACAGAAAGUGAAUUAAUGCAGAGAAGAGAAUACCCCCAAAAUAAAUGGUAUAUUUGGUCUGCAUGUUUGAACUAAUGUGUUAAAUAUUACUUUCAUUCCGACAUACUAGAUAAUGACGAUUAUUUAGUAAAAUGUCACCAUAUUCUUGUGAGGCAUGAAGGCCUCAUAAGUUGUCUUUGGUUCAUUGUACAAUAAAAUAGGUUUUCAAUCAAUACAUGCAUUUUCAUUAUUUACUUAGUCUAGAUAUUUUAUAUGUACCAAUGUAAAACAAAUGUGAUAGCAAAGGUAGAAUUUGUUUUAUUUUUGAAAAAGUUUGUGAUAGUAAUAGUGUUAACACUUGUUGUUGGAAGGUAUUGUAUUGUUGUCAACAGAUACAUAUAUUAUUUUUUUUAUAGGUGAAAGAAGCAGCAGAUUAUUUAUUAUUUUUACAAGUAGUUAAUCUGACCUUAGUGUGGUUGGCAAGUUAAUCUGACCUUAGUGCUGUUAGCAAGUUAAUCUGACCUUAGUGUGGUUAGCAAGUUAAUUUGACCUUUGUGUGGUUAGCAGAUUGGUCUGAUCUCUCUCCUCAAAUGGAAAUGCACUGUUGUACGUUUUUAAAAUGAAACGGUCAAAACACGAUUACGUCCACUUGUCUUGGUUUACUUCUGUUAAUUUUUCUUUUAAUUUACAUUUCAGCACUCGUGCAAGUUUGUUUCCAUUAUACAGAGUUACAAUUCUAAUGAAUAAGUAUGAAUAAUAGAACAUUGCAGUAAAGAUUUACUGUUCACAGAACAGUUAUUUGCAUGCUUUCGUAAUUGUGUCAAUUGUACAGCUCGGUAUUGUUCGUAUAUUUUUGCUUCAUUUAUUGUGGGGAAUGAACAUAUGAUAAGUAAUUAAAAAUAAUAAUAAUUAAAAAAUUUCACUAAAGUGAAGUUAUUAUUGAUAAAUACAGGUAACUUAUUUUAACAAGUUGAUUUUCUGUACAAGUGGAUGUGUGGUUUUCAGCCACAUUAAGGUCAGUAGUCUGGUGCUUCUUGUUUUCAAGCAAAAUUAAAGUUUUGUUUUGCAAGUAUUAUGAAUCACUUGCACUACUGGAGUGUAACAAUUUUCAAAAGAUUUGAUUUUCUUUUUUUGCUUCUACAAUCAAAUAAAUGUUUCUUCUGAAUUA